GAGACAGCCAUGAUUGCAUUAUUCAAUACACAGCAUUCAGUAAAGACAAUAUAAUAUUGUAUGCAAAGUUAAAAAUAUUUAGAAAGAUUCCGAAUGAAAUUAAUCGAAAUAAAUGUGUUUAUUACACGUGUAGCUAUUUUUAUAAACAUUGAUGACAACUAGUGUUGCACUGUGCCAGGUGCCAAAGCAUGUAUGAAAAAACCGGUACUGACUGUUGACACAUAAUGCGAUAGUAGCGCACCCUGCUACCUUGUUGUCAGUGUGACAUACGAGGGGACUAAUAGGAAAGGAAAUCAUUUUCGUUUUUGUUCGGUAAUAGUCGUUUUUGUUCGGCUACUGGUCGAUUGCCGUCUGAUGGUAGUGUCAAAUUUUAACCAAUGACGAGGCCGCCUGGUCUUGACUCUUAUUGGUUGAAUCUCAAAUAAGUACAUGACAACAUUGACAACUAGUCUUAGCUUACUUUUGAUGGGGAAUGUACGUUCGUAUUCAACGCAAAUAAUCUCGAUGAUAACAAGUUACCUAAAAAAUAAGAGUAUUUAUCGUGUUAAGAUAUUAUUCGGUUCAUAUGUGAAAGAUGAGUGUCAAUAGUGCGGUUUGAUCGAUUUCUUAGUAUUAGAAAAUUUGUGCUCCUUGUUUAGUGAAAAUGAAUGGCAAAAUGCAUGGUGAAACCGGCGCUUACUCAUCUGAUGAUAUGCGUGCCGAAAUAUUGAACCCUUUUGUGCAUAAAUUGGAAUUAGAUAACACAUAUGACAAAAUAAAGACGGCGAUAUUCACAGUGAUACUGCUGCCUUUCCGAGUGAUCGUCAUUUGUUACCUAAUAGUGACCGCCUGGUUCCUCGCGUGUAUCGGCCUUUAUGGCCUCAGCGAGGAGGACCUGAGGCGGAAACCUAUGACAGGAUGGAGAAGCAAGCUCCGCUUUUCCAUCCUCUCCCUGAUGCGUUUGGUGGUGGUGGUCGCCGGUUUCCACCGCGUCAAGAUCCUGGGCGCCAAGUACGCGCCCAGCGACCACCGCGAGGCGCCCGUGGUCGUGAUGGCGCCGCACUCGAGCUUCUUUGACGCCAUCGCUAUCGUGUGUCUUGGCGCGCCGAGCGUGGUCGCUAAAGCGGACACGGCCAGGCUGCCGUUCAUUGGACAAUUGAUAAACUACACCCAGCCUGUGUACGUGUGGAGAGACGACCCCAACUCCAGGGCCAACACCAUCAAAGAGAUCAUUCAGCGAGCCACGUCUAAGGAGGACUGGCCUCAGAUCCUGAUCUUCCCAGAAGGCACCUGCACGAACCGCUCGUGCCUCAUCACCUUCAAGUCCGGCGGCUUCUACCCGGGUGUACCAGUGCAGCCAGUCACCAUCCGCUACCCUAACGCCCGGGACACUGUCACAUGGACUUGGGAGGGACCUGGAGCAUUGAAGCUGCUCUGGCUGACGCUAACACAAGUCCAUAGCUCGUGUGAGAUCGAGUUCCUACCCGUGUACUACCCGAGUGAGGAGGAGCGACGGGACCCCAAACUGUACGCCAGGAAUGUACGCGAUGUUAUGGCUAAGGCUCUUGGGGUUCCAGUGUUGGACUACACAUACGACGACUGCCGACUGAUUGCCAAAGCUAAGCAGCUGGGGAUCCCGAAUGCCCCCUCUGUGCGGGAAGUGGCUGAAUUGAGAGCCCAACUUGGGUUGGAGCGGUCGCAGCUGGAGCUGCACGUGAUCGCGCAGGGCGCGGCGCGGCGCGCGCGCUGGCUGGACGCGGAGCAGUUCGCGCGCCGCCUCGGCGUGCCGCCGCACGACGCGCAGCGCCUCGCUCAGCUGUUCACGCAGCCGUCGAGCGGUCUGAUCUACUUCCCCGACUACCUGCUGUGCGCAGCGUUUCUGAUGACGCAGCAUGCGCCGCUUACACAACUCCUGUCUUACGCUUUCAAGCUAUACGACAGCACAGGUACGGGUCGCGUCAACGCAGCGACCUUCGAAGAGAUCGCGGGCCGCUGUCUCGGGCUCUGCCAGGAGGACGCACACAACACCUUCGGACAGGCUGACCAGGACGAGAAGGGAUGGCUGACUUAUGACGAGUUCAUUGCUUUCGCUCAAAAGAAGCCUUUCUUCUCGUUCCUGUUCGCUUGCGAGGCCGCACCGAAGCCGAAGUCUCAGUGAUCCGAGAUGAACACCGUCAGCACCGUCUCCGGGCAAGUUGACAGUAACAUGGCGUGAUCUGACUAAACGAAAUAGACGACAAAAAUGCCGACGAGAGUAUCUCCUUCAAUAUUCUUGGAACUAAAAUUGCUUUCGUCUAUUACAGAGGAUUUUAGAUGUAAUACCGGGAAGAGAUCGUUGUUGGAGGCUGUGCCGGUCAGGUCGGAGUCGCCACUUUGGGGGCGUUAGGAUGAUUAAAGUUACGGUUCGCUGGUAGACUUAGACUAAUUUAUUCCGUAUAACAAGUGUGAUAUCGCAAUACUGCAUUCCUAUCCUAUUGAUACAUGCAUUGUCUUAACUAGAUCAGCGCGUGCUCUAACUACUGUGAGCUGUUGUCACGAGCUGAUGAUAUACUGCUGACCGGCAUAAGUCCAAGACACCGACGUGGCGUAGCGCAAGCCGCUAGUCUAUUUUUCCAUAGACGACAUAUUCAAGCGUUGUGUAAAAAACCGGAUUUUCCUUUUUUAGGGUUCCGUAGUCAACUAGGAACCCUUAUAGUUUCGCCAUGUCCGUCUGUCUGUCUGUCUGUCCGAGGCUUUGCUCCGUGGUCGUUAGUGCUAGAAAGCUGAAAUUCGGCAUGGAUAUAUAAAUCAAUAAACCCGACAGUCGUACAAUAAAAUAUAAAAAUUUAAUUUGUUUGAGGGUACUACAUGUAAAGUGGGGGUGAAUAUUUUUUUGCUUCAACCCUACAGUGUGGGGUAUCGUUGGAAAGGUCUUUCAAAACUAAUAGGGGUCUUCAACAAACAUUUUUUGAUAAAGUGAAUAGAUUCGGAGAUAAUCGCUCCGAAAGAUAAAAAAAAUGUGUCCCCCCCUCUAACUUUUGAACCAUAGGUCCAAAAGAUAUGAAAAAAAUCGUGGAAGUAGAGCUUAAGAAAGACAUUAAAUGAAAACUAUAGCGGACAUGAUCAGUUUAGCUGUUUUUGAGUUAUCGCAAAAAGUUGCUCCCAUAGUAAAAAGACACUUUAAUUAUUUUACUGUUCUUAGAAAUUCAUAAAUAGGAAAAAUGGCCGAUAUUCUCAGAAUGGCGGAGAAACAACAUAAAUUAACUCACAACAUAAACAUCGUUAUAACGUCGGUAUAGAGUGUAAACCUGUAAAAUCCAUUUUUGAAAUUUAUUUAUUUUUAAUUUUAAUGUCUAUAAAAAUAGGUACAAAUUUCUCUGUUUUCCAAAAUGGAUUUUGCAGUUUACACUCUUAGCCAACGAUAAGCUAAUAGCAACUUAUUUUUUUAUGAUAUAGGAGGCAAACGAGCAGACAAAAGGCCUGAUGGUACGCGAAUACCGUUGCCCAUAGACACUCGCCAUACCAGAGGGGUUGUAAGUGUAUUUAGGGCGGGAGCUCUUUAUUUGAAGGUUUGAUCAGGAAAUAUCGCAGGCGACAGUUCAUUGCACAGUUAAGCUAAAAGAGUCUAUUAAAACGAUAUUGAAAUGAAAUGAGUACGUUAAUUAUAACGUAAUGACGUAACUGAUCAUUAGUAGACCUUAUUUCUAAGCAACACGGUUUAAGAAUGAUCAGCAAACUGUGUCGAUAAUAUCCUGAUUGAUGUGAUAUUUUUAUUGAUCCAUUGACCGACCUUCGUGCAUUCCGAAAAGAUUCAUGACGUUUAAAGGGUUAAAGUUAUAAUACGAGAACUUAGUGAGGUUAGAUGGGGUAAGAAAAAAAUCGGGGCGAGAAAAACACUCCUCAUACUGUUUCUCUUACCCCACAUCAAUUUACACUAAUGGCAACAUCAACAUAUUACAUUUGGAUCUUAAUGUAAAAAAAAUCGGUCAUUCGGUCAAUAAUGAAUAACAUUUUGUAUCUAUGAAAUAAUAUCGGCCCGAUUCGAAGAAUGAUUAAGAUACGUAUAAGAUCUUGGAAAGAUCUAUAAAAGAUCGAUAACUAAACGACAUGUCAAAAUUGACGUUUAUUUCCAUUCCACUGUGAUCCGAAUAAGAUAUAUCUACGAUAUUGCUAACUUCAAAGUGACAUUGGUUGCCCGAAUCGAGCUGCUUCUGUCUAUUAUACGACAUACAAACGAUAUCUAAAUGAACACUUAUCCAAACCAAAACUUAUCGUUAUCGUAUCUCAUUCUUCGAAUCGGGCCGUAUCAAUUUUACAAGCUUUUAUUUAGUUUCACCCCGUUGUCUGUCUGUUUAUAACCAUAAAAUCUUGCAAGUUAAAUCCAACCUACUUCCCGGUUUCCGAUGAAGCUGAAAAUUUGCAUUUAUGUAACAAUGCAAAUUGUGGUACCAUAAAGCUGAUCUGAUGAUGGAGACAAGAGGUGGCCAUGGGAACUCUGUGAUAAAACAACGCAACCUAAUUGUGUUUGGGGUUGUUAUAAUUGUCUCGAUGAGUAUUAGUUGGCCGCGGAAAGAAAAGUACAGUCAGCUAUAAAAGCUUGUAGGUACCGAAAACGUUUUUUUUUUACCGUAAACUUAAGGUCCAAAUGGAAUAUACUACAGUCAGCGUCAAAUACUUCGUAGCAGUCAAAGUAGCCAAAUAGUUCGGUACACCAUAUAUUUAGUAUGGUGUACCGAACUAUUUGGCCACUUUGACUGCUACGAAGUAUUUGACGCUGACUGUACAAGAUAUAUUAUUAUAUCAUUUUUGUACAAAUAAAAGUGAGGAUAUUAGAUGAACAACGGGUAUGAAUUAACUACAAAUUAUUAGAUUUGUAAGAGUUAGGAGUAAUGCUUUUACCUGAUUUUAUAUUCAGUGGCAUGAACUGUAAGCAAGUACAAUUCGUUCGCGUUAAGUAUGAUUUUAAUUUAUUUAUUAAAUGUAAAGCACAUAAGAAUAGAUAUUAUCUCGUAUUCGGGUCUAUAAUGACGUUUUGGCACUGGUUACAAACUUGUUCGCGGACGACUGAUGUCCCAUAUUAUGUUAUGGUUUAUAUUAUUUAUUUUAAAUGUUACAAGUAAGAAUAGGUAUUGAAGUCAUUCGAUAGAGGCUACUUAUUUAUUAAAUAUUUGUAAAGCCUUCAAAUACUCAUUCUUAAGAAUGAGAACUAUCAUUAAUAGGGGUGACUUUGAACACGGGGGUAACUAUGAACAAGAAUAAAAGGAAGUGCCCAAUGUAACAACACUAUUUUGCUUAUAGCCAAUGUCAGGGUCAUUUUCACAACUAUCUCCAUUAGUUUUAAGUAAGAAUAGCGUUAAAAGUCACCCCAUGCGCACUUUACAUUGUAAGUUUAAUUCUAAUCUAGACCUUGUGGCUCAAUCAAUAUGUCAUUAAAAAAGAAAAUAAUCUGAUCUUAAACGUAAGUCAAUUCUUCAAUUUACGCGAUUUAUAUUUAACAGUGGUGGCAGCAUGGUUGCAUUUUAUCACCUGUCACUAUGCCCGUCGAGUACUAGUGCAGCGUCGAGCACUAGCACUUCUACCUUAUCUGUAGAUUAAAAUGCUCAUAGUAAGUAAGAUUAAUGUUUAAAAAAACCAUUAUAGUUUUGUAAAACGAGGCUAAUCUUUCCUUUAAAUUUAAGCCAUUUCCUCUACCUAUUAGCUAAAGUGACAUAGACGUUGUACCUAGUAUUUAUGUCGUAGUUUUAUGUAAUUGUGGUUUUAUAUUGCGAUUAUUUGUAAAUAUAGCUUAAUACGUAUAUUUUCCAUUGUAGUCAAUGUAAGUUCAUGUUACUUGCUUUUAUUAUUUUCCCUCUAAACUAAUAAACAUUUACAAAUGCAUCAAUACCUGACAUGUGGGCAAAAAAAUGGUGUGUCAGGAAAAAAUAUUCAAUAAUAUUGAUAUGGCAUUUUUGGCCCUGUCCCCAAUGAACUAUUAUUACUACUACAACCGGUACACAGAACCAGUAUUUUGCGCCACUUCGUGCAUUCCGACAAGGUUCAAAAUGGCGCGCCGCGCACGAUUGGCGUGGCGUGUGGCGUUCAAAUGGUUAAAGAAGUAAAUAAUAUAUUUUUGCCCUUUUUAUUCAGACUUUUUAGCUCAACGAGAGGGGUGGGGUUAGGGUCGCCAACGCGCAUGUAACUCCUCUGGAGUUGCAGGUGUACAUAGGCUACGGAGACUGCUUACCGUAUUGGCCGUAUGCUUGUUUGCCACCGACGUAGUAUUAAAAAAAAAAGACUUCAUACCUCUCAGAACUAUUAAUUGAGUUUAUAUGUAGUAGAUAUUACAUUUGUGAUUCUAUUUGCAAUUUUGUAUUGCUUAUAGAAGAUGCUGUGAAUAUUGCAUUAGAUCGAGAUAGUAAGUAGUAAUAAGUAGUUUUAAUAUUUUAGAAAAAAUACGGGCUUGUCGUUUAUUAAUUCUUCCUUUAUACUUCACUUCCUAAGUCAGCCAUUUUCGUAGAUCGUUUUUUGUAAUUUAUUAUUUAUUUGACUCAGAGUUAUAACAAAUUAGAAUAAGACUUACGUGAAGAUUUAGAUGAAGGACACGAUUCGUAGUGGCAAAGAUACAUUGAAUAAGAUGCGUAAAAUCUAAGACAAUUUCGUCACAGGUAAACGAGAUGGCGCUGUACAACUCCAUAUAUGUAAGUGUAAGGUCUGAGUGGACGCUUGAGUUGGGCGUGCAGCGGGGCGGGGCGUGCGGCGUGCAUGUGAAACAAAUGCAAACGUAUAGGAGCGGCCGCACUGCAAGCUGCUCACAACACUUAUGAGCCCGACGCCACGCUGCACGCUCCGCCGUACGCUCCGCUUCGAGCGUCCACUCGAGGCCUUACACUAACUGUAACUGUGUUUUUAUUUCUAUGUACAAUAAAGUAUAUAAUAUGUAUGUAUGUACAUUUUGAGGUAACUGUGAUUGUCAAAAAUUGACGUUUGGCAAUUCAGAGACCGCAUAACAUAUGGCUCAGUACAGCGCCGCCAGUUUUGGAUGUCAAACUAAUAAACGUGCGAUUACUAUACAAAAGUAUUCACUUGUACAGUCAGCAUCAGAAGUAACGGAUCAAAUAACGCUUCAUAAGUAACUACCAUUCUGGAACAGCUUAACAAAAAGUGAUGUCUUUAAUAUAGAACAACGUACAAGAUAUACUUGUGAAUGUGAAUUUUAGAAAUUUAUCUAUAUUUGGAAAAGUUAUCCGGAAUGUCAGAUACUUUUGGCGCGUUGUUUCACCCGUUACUAUUGAUGCUGACUAAUAAUACAAUUUAAUAACUGAUAAUACAUUUUACAGUACAUAUAGUGUUACUUUACCGAACUAGUGCGAUAAUUGGCACAUUACGUCAGUAUGCCGAAAAUUAAAGGGCCAUAUGUACUGGAAAACGUUGUACGAUACAUGUGCGUAUCACCACUCGUUGCGAAUUCCCUAUUUUCUGCACUUGUAUUGUAAAUAACUAUACAAUCACCCAGUAUUCUUAUAAAAUAGCUGAUUGUUAUUUAAUUUAUGUGUUUUUAACAUUACUUAUUUAAUAAUUGUUUGAUAUGAGAUUAUUCUGCUGUUGAGUUAAUCAUAAAUAAACUUUACGUUUUUACUAUAUUGUUUUCCUAGAUAGCUAUAGAAUAUUUUCUCCUUUGUCUUCAAUAAGUACGUGCUUGUCAAAAAAUAUAAGUUCCACAACUUAACUACGCUGUGUAUGUAGGCGGCAUUUUCUCAAAUGGUCAAUCAACUUUACUAAUUUAUUAACGUUAUUUCUUUGUAUACUUAUUUUAAACUUAUUAUUAUGUUGUAGCAUUCCUUUGUUAUUGUUGUAUCAUUUUAGAAUGGAUGUAUAAACUGCUAAAAUAAAUAGGCAUUGUUUAGUA